GAUUUUGAUGAACAUUUUGAGUAAUUCUUAAAAUAAAACGUUACAUGAAUAAAAUUUUGUGUUAUGUUAAGAGGAACAGUUGACACUCAUACAAUAUUUGAUAUUUAUUUAGUUAUUAAGUCAAACUAAACAGUUUAUGUGUCAGAUAAUGUGAGGAAUGAUAAAUUUACAUCUUGGCUUCUUGUGGUGAAAUACUAAAGUUAAAACUUAAAAGCCAUCCCAGGUUUGUGUUUUCAUCAACACUUUCACUGUACCAUAAUCAUAAUUUCCCAUUCUGUAUCUGCUUCUCCUCACUAAUAGAGACACUAAAAUAAUUAUUUAUUUUUAAUUCUUUUAGUACUAAACAGGGUUUUUCUAAGGGUUCAGUAGUUUUUUUUCCCCUGGUUUUCUUCUCGCUCCCCCACAGAUGGAAACUAAUCACGCCUAAUUAAGCUCCACACCUGUGUCCACUUCAGGCUUGUCUGGUUUAUAAAGAGGGACUGAAUUUACCUGCUUGACCCAUUUUACAGAAGACGUUGAGAGAAAGUGUGAAUUGUAUCCGAGUCGUGGUUAUUGUUUUGUAGAUUGAGCUGCAGCCAUGGAGAGAGAAAAGGCUCACGUUAACGUCGUCAUCAUCGGCCAUGUCGACAGCGGCAAAUCCACCACCACUGGACACCUGGUCUACAAGUGUGGCGGUGUGGACCAGCGGAAACUGGAGAAGUUUGAGAAGGCUGCAGCCCAGAUGGGGAAGAGUUCCUUCAAGUUCGCCUGGCUGCUGGACAAGCUGAAGGCUGAGCGGGAGCGGGGAAUCACCAUCGACAUCUCUUUCCUGAAGUUUAACACCCAGAAAUACAGCAUGACCAUCAUUGACGCACCUGGACACAGAGACUUCAUCAAAAACAUGAUCACUGGCACAUCCCAGGCUGAUGUUGCCCUGCUGGUCGUCUCUGCAGCCAAAGGGGAAUAUGAAGCGGGUGUUUCCAGGAGUGGCCAGACCAGAGAGCAUGCCUUACUGGCUUACACUCUGGGCGUCAAGCAGAUCAUAGUGUGUGUGAACAAAAUGGACCUCACGGAGCCGCCGUACAGCCAGAAACGCUACGACGAAGUGGUCCGAGGAGUGAAGGUCUUCCUCAAGAAGAUCGGCUACGACACCAACGCCGUGCCGUUUGUUCCGAUCUCCGGCUGGAUAGGCGAAAACAUGAUCACGCCAACACAAAAGAUGCCGUGGUACCAAGGCUGGAGGGUCCUACUGAGGGAUGGUGCUGAAAGCGGAAAGACUCUUCUAGAAGUUCUGGACGCGAUCAAACCUCCAGUGCGAACAAUCAACAAACCACUACGGCUCCCUCUGCAAGACGUCUACAAAAUUGGAGGUGUUGGGACAGUUCCAGUGGGAAAGAUUGAAACUGGAGUCCUCAAACCAGGCAUGACCUUGAUGUUCUCCCCUGCCAAGCUCACUGCAGAAGUGAAAUCCAUAGAAAUGCACCACCAGGGUCUGGAUACGGCUCUGCCAGGGCACAAUGUUGGCUUCAACAUCAAGAGCGUCUCUGUAAAGAACCUGCAGCGUGGAGACGUGGCCGGCAACGCCCAGCACGACCCUCCUUCUGAUGUCCACAGCUUCGAAGCUCAGGUAAUCAUCCUGAAUCAUCCAGGGAAGAUAAAAAUGGGGUACUCUCCUGUCCUGGACUGCCACACCGCUCAUGUCACCUGCCGAUUUGCCGAGCUGAAGGAGAAACUCGACCGCCGAACAGGGAAGAAACUGGAGGACAACCCGCAGCUGCUGCAGUCUGGAGAUGCAGCUACAGUCAAACUGGUUCCCAUUAAGCCCAUGUGUGUGGAGAGCUUCUUCACAUACCCUCCUUUAGGUCGCUUUGCAGCAAGAGACUUGAAGCAGACAGUUGCAGUGGGAGUGAUAAAGUCUGUGGAGAAGGGGUCAAAAGCUUCCCAGAAAACACAACCAUCUAAAUGAGCUGGUUUUAGCUUGCAUGUUUUCUAAUGCUACAAAACAGCCUUUUUAUUUGGAGAAAGGUGACAUUUGUGUUGCAGCAAAUGGUGUUUAGUUUCUUUAAGUUAUGACAUUCCUGUGUUUAUAUUGAUUCCAAAGUUGUAGAAUUGUACAUUUUCCUUUAAGCUUAUUGGAAGCCAAGUUUUGGAAAAGUUGGAUGAACCUUAAUUAAAAAAUAUUUGAGUUCAA